CCUGCUCAGGUCAACACGGUCUUCAAACGUACGCGGGAUUGACACUGAUCAUCAUUAAUGGUCGACGACAUUUUGUCUUGAUUUAUAUUUCAAAAAUGAUUUUGAAAUGGUGAACGAAUUAAGGUGAUAGGAAGGUUUCAAGAUGAGAAGUCUUCUCCUGCACUUUGGGUCUUGCCUGCUUAUGGCUUUGAUUUUGCUCAAAGGGACAAAAGCUGUUUCACGGAGACAAAACAAAGAUUAUUAUGACUUGAUGGAAAAUCGGGGAGAUCAGCGUCAUAGUACAGAAAAUAGUAGAUAUUUGUAUCGCAGAAAUUCAGAGGGACAAAGUUGGGAUGAAGUCGAAAAGGCAAAAUAUAAAAGGAAUUCCCGACAUCGUAGAUUAAAACGGAAAGAUCUUAAACUGAAGGACGUUCCUUCUGACGAGUUUCCCGAACCAGAGUCACCAUUACAGGUUGUCGAAACUUCGGCUGUUCUCAAAGACAAGCUAAGUAAACCUAAGCAAGAACAAGGGCCAAUGAAGGCGAUACAUAUUUGGGGGCCAACACCGUAUAAGACUGUCGUUGAUAAUCUGAUACGCCUGAACAGCGCGAUAGGCGAAAGGCAAGGUUUGCUCCCUGAAGGGCUUAAUCGCUACGAAGCCUUUAAACUCUUACACAAGCCUGACAUCAAAGCCUCGAUUCCUAUGAAUAUAGGUGUACCUUUACACGUCAAUCAAGCCCCUCGGGUAAUACACAUGGCUGGGCAGCCCGUGCAUUUUAACCGCCCUAUAGCAUCAGAAGCGAGGCAAGUACUGGCAAGACCUUAUUUCAGCGAGCAGCCAGAGCCAAUGAUGCGAGACAUAGGGGAUCCUAAUACAUUGAAUGUGCCUAACGAUGUUCAGGGCCCAGAGGGUAUGCUCCCUCAGCAGUUCAGGCCAUUUGUAGGCGACAAUGGAGAUCCAAUUCACAUGGCUGAAGCGUUAAGUCAGACGAAUCAUCUUUAUCAUCGACAUCAUCAUCACCAUCAUCAUGAAGUCUCAACCAGGGCCAAGUGUGAGCCGAAUCCGUGCCUUAAUGACGGUGUGUGCACAGCUUUCUUGCACGACUACGAAUGCGCAUGCCCCGCAGGAUUCAUGGGAAGACACUGUGAAGACACGAACCAGUGCAUUCCGAAUCCUUGCAAGAACAAUGGCAACUGCUACCCCACCGUGUCUGGUUUCGUGUGCACUUGUGUGCGUGGGUUCAAGGGGACCAAUUGCGAAGUGGCCAAUAAAUGUCUUCCAAAUCCCUGCAAAAACGGUGCCAUGUGCGUGGAACACGGGGACAGUACCGAGUACUCAUGCAUAUGCAAGUCUGGCUUCAAAGGAAGCAACUGUGAAGAGGCGGAUUACUGCGGUGGUUAUAAUCGAUGCAAGAAUGGCGGUACAUGUAUGAAUGGCCAGCAAAUGUUUGUCUGUAGAUGUCCCGCGGGUUUUACGGGACGGGACUGUGGAGAUCUUGACAUAUGCCACUCCAAUCCAUGUGUGAAUGGCGGUCAGUGCCUUUCCACCGGUUCUGGCACGUUCACCUGCCAGUGCCCCUUAUCGUACAGGGGCCUCACGUGCGAAGAACGCGUAUCGAGCUGUGAGUCCUCCCCCUGUGAGAACGGGGCAACGUGCAUUGAAACUGAUCACGACAGCUUCAGAUGCGAGUGUACUGAUAAGUACGGCGGCCAUUUGUGUCGAGAUAUAAUAGAUCCUUGCCAGCGAAACCCCUGUCUGAAUGGUGGACACUGCACGUCAGCUGGAGAUUCGUACAAAUGCGCCUGCAAUGAGGGAUACAGCGGAACAACAUGUGAAGUUACGCUCCACACCGAAUGCAUGGACUGUCACGUAAACGCUGGCUGUACGGACGGCAAGUGUGUAUGUCAUUCCGGUUACUACGGCAACGGACACCACUGCGAACCUCUACCAGAUAUAUCAAGUUUGCUGAUGAACGGAAGGUUUCCUGGCCUUAACGUGUCACAAUUUUAUACAGAUGUCAACAGAUGCCACCCUAACCCUUGCUAUAAUGGCGGGUCUUGUACUACUCGACACGACGGCUACACGUGCGAAUGUGCCAAAGAGUACACAGGCACCGAUUGCAAAGAUCCCAGGCCGUGUUUGAGCCAGCCGUGCCACAACGGGGGAACUUGUACGGAGACGGGAGGCGGUGCCUUUGUUUGCGCAUGCACUGAAGGAUACAGUGGGGCAAAUUGUGAAGAACCCACUUCGUGCGAACCCAACCCCUGUUCUAACGGAGCCACGUGCAUCCCACGUGACGGAUCAUUCAUCUGCAAGUGCCCCACUCGCUAUCAGGGACCUACUUGUGAAGUUGACAAGUGUUCAUUAUGUGAUGUGCAUGCACACUGCGAGAAUGGAAGAUGCGUGUGCGAUGAGGGAUACUCAGGAGAUGGAACCAAAGGCGGUUGUUUCAAGGAUGGAGCUGCAAACCCGAGAUUCUGUCUGCCAAGUCCGUGCCUAAAUGGUGGCUCCUGCCAAGAGCUUCCAAAUGGCUAUGUAUGUCUGUGUGAACCGGGCUUUAACGGAAGAAACUGCGAGAAGGACCUGGCGGCCCCCACGAAACCUCCCAGCCCAUGUCUAUCCAACCCGUGCCGCCAUGGUGGGACCUGUAUGGACGAGGGAGGAAAGUUCCGGUGCGUUUGUGCAGAUGGUUACAAGGGCGAGUUGUGCGAGAAGAAAGCCCAGCACUUCUGUCAUCCCAACCCAUGUCUCCAUGGCGGCACGUGUGACGAGAAGGAAGAUGGCUACACGUGUCGGUGUAUAGGAGCAUACCGAGGCGAACACUGUGACGUUGACGACUGUGACGAGUGCGACCCACAUGCGAUCUGCAUCCAAGGAGCGUGUAGAUGUAGAGUCGGAUACAAAGGCGAUGGAUUCCAAUGCACCAAAAUCAAAACAUGCAACGACUGCAAUCGCCAUGCCACGUGCGUUGCCAACGAGUGCGUGUGCAACCCUGGAUACACCGGCGACGGACACCAAUGCCAACCGGACACGUGUGAUUCAUGUCCACCCAACUCCCAUUGCAUGCGGGGAGUUUGUGUCUGCGGCAAAGGAUACUACUUUGACGGCAAACACUGCGUAGCUCCGCCCCACGUGACGCACAAAGAGCCCUGCCCUGUUAUAUGCGCCACAGACUGUCAAUCAUCCUGCCCAUCCCACUGCUGUUACCAUGGUCACCCAAUCAACGUGGUACACGUCACAGACGCAUGUCCAUCAAUAUGCGCCACAGACUGUAAACCAUCCUGUCCAUUCCACUGCUGUUACCAAAGCAACCCGGCCCACGUAACGCAAGUCACGGAAUCAUGCCCAUCCGUAUGUGCUACGGACUGUCAAUCAUCUUGCCCAGCACACUGCUGUCACCAUGGCAACAGUGCUUGUCCAACGCAAUGCAGCGUGAGCUGCGCGCCUAGCUGUCCUGAUCAUUGCUGCGCCCUACCUACCCACCAGCCAGCGGUAGCGUGCCCGGUAUCAUGCGCAACGUCUUGCACAGCCACUUGCCCGAAACACUGCUGCAAAGAUACCGUCACGCCAAUUACGGUGCACAAAAUAGACACGUGCCCAGCGCAAUGCAAAGUCGCGUGUGUACCAUCGUGCCCUGCACACUGCUGUACGCAAACCCCUACCCACCUCCCCCAGCCACCCCCUGUGAAGCAACCGACCACGUGUCCGCAGGAAUGCGCCAAUCAAUGCUCUCCGUCGUGCCCUGUCACGUGCUGCACUCAAAUAUGUCCCGGAUACUGCUCAUACGAUUGGUGUCGGCCAACCUGUCCGACCGCUUGCUGCACAAAGCACACUAUGCCUAAACCAAGGAACCCCCCUGCCAAUCUAGCAUACCAUCCCAAGAUUACGCCAACAGCGAAUCGCUUCAUGGCACCAUCUACUCUCGUCUGCCCGACUCAGUGCACCGGCACAUGCGCCCCAUCAUGCCCCGCUCGCUGCUGUGUCCCGGAAACUAGUCUGAGAAGCUCGGCGAGGUCUACGGCAAGCAGCCUGAAGAAUACGGCGAACAUACCCCCUGGACGUCCUCUUUGGCCUCCGAUGACUUCUUCGUAUAGUUUUCAAGCAAGUCAGGGCACUAUGAAUCGAAACUCUGUUAAUCCAUUAAGUUCACUUCUUGGAUCCCAUACACGGCUUGCAGCUUUGCAAAUGCCAAGUGGCCCACAAGGACAGUCAUCGGCGAAUUCUGUUGCAUCCUAUAUAGGAACACCUGGCAGUAAAGCUUCAUCAAAUGUUCAAUCCGCACCUCCCAUUGUGCAGUCAAUGUCAUCAGGCCGACCAAUUUCGUCCUUUGCACAACCUCAAUCAUCUGCUGCUAUUCCUUUACCAAAUUAUCAAGCGUCUUCCUACACAAAUUAUCGUGGGACCCCAAAUUCCAACCAAGCGCCACUUUCUUCAUCUGCUGGGGUACCAAUUUCGUGGAACCCUUUGUCGACACUUAACGGGUUUCCUGGAACCCAGUUGACGUCAGGUAGAGGUCAGGCGUACCCCUAUGCAUCGACGCAGUUUCCUUCGAACACUAAUCCAAAGCUGAUUCAGUCAUUGGCCAUGCUGUCCGGGAAAUCUGGAAGCUGUCCGGCUGAGUGUUUGAGGAGGUGCUCUUCUGCUUGUCCGAUGCAAUGUUGCCAAGGGCAGCAGAAGAAAGGGACGAUAGGAAGUGUCUCCAAAGAAGGGAACACGGUGUACAUCGUAGAUAAGUAGUUGCACAAAGCGCUAACAUGGCGUAUAAUAACACAGAUAGUGGGUCUAGCCCAAAAUGUAUAUACUUGCACACCCAACACUAAACAAGAAAGAAACAUUCUUUAAAAACAGCUUACUUUCGGGAGCAAAGAAAAAUGUUUCGCAGAAAAUUUUGUUACCCCUUACUCCUUGGAACAAGUGUAAAACAUCCCUAGACAAAUCUUCCUCACUCUUACUUCUGGGAGGAAGUGUAAAAAAAUAAACAAAUGUUCCUAAAAUUGGAAGCAUAAGAAAAUGUACAUAUUGGAUUUCAACAAAAUUAUAAUUAAAUAAAGUAGAAAACGAAACAGUAUAGGCUAUAAGAGGUAGAUCUAGCCUUUAAUUGAAGAGGGGGCUGGUUUGGUGACAAGGGGGGGAUCUUUUUGUUACAUUUGGCUUUCUGACCUAUACAGACACAAAUACCUAAGAAGGCAGGUUUACUUUUUUUUUGAAGAGGGGGACUUAAAAAAAGCAAACGAGCUGGGAAGGGCACAAACCUUACAGGAAUGUUCCUUAUGGCAUAACUUCCUUUGGCGGGGGGGGGGGGGGGGGGGGGGGGCUUUUCCAUCCCCCUAAACCUUCCUCCUAGAUCCGCUACUGACUAACACAUUACAACCAAUUGCCCAAAUAAAUGUUGCUACACCAUGAUAUGAAAUAUUUGUAACUUUUAACUGUUUUUAACAAUAAAACACUAUCGUACUAA